GUGUAAGCUCCAAUGAUCUUCCUGCAUCAGCGCGGCCAUGAGGAAGUGAGGAGUUUGAUUGAAUGGUAGAAGAAGACAAAGUAGACUUGACAUGGCGGCUUCAACUACAAGUGACAUCUCAUAUGAUGACCUCAGAGCAGUUUUGGACAAAAGGCCAAACGUACUUGUGGUUGAUGUCCGUACAAAGGAGGAAGUGGAUGAGGGACGCAUACCUGGAUCACUUCAUAUCCCAGUGAACACGGUAGAAGAGGCCUUCACCAUGGAUGCAGAAGCCUUCAAGAGUAAAUAUGGAGUCAGCAAGCCAGCCUUGGACUCUUCAGAUCUGAUCUUUCACUGCCAGAUGGGCAAGCGAGGCUCAAUGGCCACAAGCAAAGCUGUGGAACUUGGCUAUGUUAAGGCACGGAAUUACGCUGGCGGAUACAAGGAGUGGUCCCAGAAAGCAGGGCAGUGACUUGUAUAUAAGUGCUUAUAUAUAAGUCACUUAUAUAUAAGUGCUUAUAUAUAAGUCACUUAUAUAUAAGUGCUUAUAUAUAAGUCACUUAUAUAUAAGUGCUUAUAU